GCAAACUAGGCUGAUAAAGCAUUUACACAUAUACCUAAACAUAUCACGAAGUUCUAAGUAGACGCCUCUUGUUCGCGCUCACUCCGACCGGCCUUCAGAGUUCUUUCUUCGGAAAUUGAGCAGCAAUCGCAACUUGUCCAUACCUGUCUUUUUAUAAACCUAAUGACAACUGGUCUGAGUUAGUUGGCAGCAUUCAGCUGUGACCGCAGUUUUUUGUGAUGCCCUCGCGCUGGAGGGCGGCUUGCACGUAGAAUGCCGGCCACGCGGACCUCGCGUGAGCCAUCUGGCCGGAUGACUGGCUCAGCACUUCUAGUACUUGCGGCGGUCUUGUGCUUUGGACCAGCUGCAACAGAGGCGAACACCGCCGGCGCCUGCCCCAGCUCCUGCGCACCGCCAUCCUUCUGUCCUCUGUCAGUGCUCUCCGCGCAACGAUGGGCGGAGCCGUCUGGCGCAACGCUCAUUCGCUCUAGCUGGCGCGGGCUCACCAACGGCACUGAUGUGCUGACGUUAGGGGCGUCCAAGGGCCUGGCCGCGGUGGCGCUCAUCUUCAGCUCCCCCGACUCGGUCACCUGCUUCCUGGCGCGCCAGCUCAGCACCAGCAGCAGCACCGGCCUCAGGCUGAGCCUGCCCCUCGCCUCAUCCGCCAUCGUGUCCAUCUCGCGCGCCUCCGAUGGAUCCUGCCCCGCCACCUCGCCACACUUUGGCACCGCCUCAACCUGGGUGGCCGACAUCCUGGCGCUCAAGCUCAACGUGCUGUACACGCGGCUGUUGGCGGGCGUGGCCGGCUCCGCCGCCACGGCCCUCGAAACCGCCGUCAUCGGCUCCGCGUACGGCAUGCCGGUCUGCGAGUGCCGUACCGUGGGCACGCUCCUGCGCGACGCCGAGCUGUACCUCAGCGGCGAUGCCGGCAAUGACGGCGCGCCGCCGUACGACCUGUGCGCCACUGACAUUGUGCUACAGUACGGCGACCCCAGCUGCCGUACCAGCCCGUACACCAACUGGCUGUGCUACAACGUCACACUGGCGGCGCAACCGUCUCCGCCGCCCUUCGUCGAGCCCCACUUCCCGCCGUACCAGCCCUACACCCCCGACGCACCGCCUCCGGGCGAGGAGUCCGUGCCGAGUGUCGCCGCCCCGCCGCCCCGCAAGAGCCCACCGCCGGUCCCUGCGAAGAGCCCACCGCCUUCACCAGUGGCAGCCAAGAGCCCUCCACCCUCACCGGUUUUGGCUCAGAGCCCCCCGCCCCCCACCGUCAAAAGCCCUCCGCCUGUUGGUGCCAAGGGGCCCCCGCCGCCACGGCGGCCGCGGGGCCCGCGUGGGCCGGCCCCUCCCCGCAUCCCGCGCCCGCCCUCGCCACCCCCUCCGUCGCCGCGCCCGCCUGUCUCCCCUCGCAAGGUGUCGCCGCCAUCCCCUUCAUCGCCGCCACCCUUCCCGCCUGCUCCUCCCUCGCCUCCCCCUCCCUCUCCGCCACCGCCCUCGCCGCCACCGCCCUCGCCUCCCCCUCCCUCGCCGCCGCCGCCCUCACCUCCCCCUCCCUCGCCGCCGCCGCCCUCGCCUCCACCGCCAUCGCCGCCGCCGGGCCGGCGGCCGCCGUCCCCCAGGCCGCCCUCGCCGUCGCCGCCCUCGCCUCCCCCUCCAUCGCCUCCCCCUCCCUCGCCUCCCCCUCCCUCGCCAGCGCCGCCCCCAGGCAACCAUCGCGCUCCGCGGUCGCCACCCCCAUCCCCAGCGCCGCCGUCUCCUCCGCCUCCGUCGCCACCGCCAUCGCCCCGCCCGCCCCGCCCUGUCCGCUCUCCUCCUCCUCCCAAGGGCACUGUCCCCAAGAGCCCCCGGCCGCCGCCAGUCGAGCGCCCCGCCUCCUCCCCGCCGCCACCCAAGGGCACACCCGUGUUCUGGCCCCCUCGCCCGGCGGGCGCCAAGAACCCCUUCCCCUUCGGGCAGUGCCUGGCACGUGGCUCCACCAUUGGCACGCCGUACACUCUGACGUACACGAAUGAGUCACGUGCUGAGGAGGACAGCAUGUACUGCUUCCAAGUGGGUCUGAACCAGUGCGACAGGCCGCGCUGCUGCGGCAUGAGGCUGGAGCAGAUCCAGUUCCUCAUCGACGACAACUGCUAUGGCUCUGUGUACGGCGUGCACGUGAACGGCAAGCCGCGCAGCCCCAGCUACCACGUGUACGACGUGCGCGGCAGCACCUACACGGUGCUCAAGCUCAGCGGCUUUGGCUUGACGCUGCAGCAGGCCGAGGGUGCCACUCUGUGCUUCUCACUGCGGUCCAGCGUGUGCCCGGACCUGUACCGCCUGUGUGCGGGGCCUGUGUGCCAACUCACGCUGGCCAACCAGCCCGGCCGCCAGAAGAGCAGCUGCUGCCCGCCGCAGGACCUGCUCUUGCCGUAGGAGGUGCAACCUACAUGAAUACUUGAGUGUGGAGAAGCACCUCAUGCAUAUGCAACCGGGGCAGGCGGGGGGCCCGGGUCUUCUAGGAAGCUGGGACGCCGGCGUGCCGCCCUGUUGGCAGGCCAAGUGCGGUAUGAAGGGUGCAGCUGUGAGCCAAUAGGCGUCUGACUACCAUGCAUCACGUGCACCUGCGGCGGAUUGAAAGGAUUUGGACUGUUGCGAAAACGACUUGAAUGACCGCAUUGACACAUUGUAUUGACUGACACGUACAAUAGACAACAAAGGUACUGAUCGAACAACACACGGCGCCAAUCGGGCUGCAAUGGUGCUGUCUCCGGCCCGUGUUCGGAUGUGUUGAACAUGUACGCCGCACGUCGGGCUGUGAUGAGGCCCGGCCGUGUGAUUUUGGUGGACACUCCGAAAGGGGUGUCACACACAUUGCCUGAGCUUGGGAAACGCGUUGUGACUCCUCCAGUAGGAGCUGGCGGGCGGGCGGGCUUCAUGUCUGACUUGCGCUUGACGCCCAGACGUACAGGCGGGAUGUGCCCUCCUGGCAUGGAGGCGUUGACUAUCUUGGACAUGGACAGCUAUGAUUCAACUGAAAGGGAAGCAAGGGGAGCUGCGUGUUGGGUGUCCGGUGCGUGCUUGUACCGGUGAUGUGGUCUGAUGAAGUCAUGUGACGAGGAUGUGGUUUGAGCGCUUAUGUGGGACCCGUGCAGUGCAUUCGACGAUGUUUCGUGGGCGGGGUAUUGUGUACUUAACGAUGACGCUUACGCGAAUUAUACUUAGAUAACAUGACGUUGAUUUGAACUCAGAUUGGUACUGAGCGUCGGGGUGAAGCACAAGUAAAGAGGGUGCGUUCUGUGGCUGCAAGAUGCGUUAUGAGGCUGCACAAUGUGUUCACGCUGCCUCCCACAGUUAUCGAAGACAUCUUGAAUGUAUCCAUUGCAUGCCGCUGCUGCUUAUAUGGCUCCUGCUGCCGGGAAUGGCCCACCGAGCGGUUGCACACGAGGCGGUUACUAACCGCUGCGCGUUACUUCGACAGCCCUUUGACACCCUUCAAUAGCGCCUGGCCUCGUACGAAGUUGUUGGGAGAACUGACACCGCUGAAGU